AUGACCAGCAAAGGAAAACAGUUGCCACACGAGCGCAGGAAAGGAGAGUCGGCCCUCAGCGAAUUCGCAGAUUAUGUAGAAAAGCAACAAGCUCUGCGGUACCCCUCUUCAUCGAAUGCACCACCAGCCGGAGUCGAUGACCAUGCGGAGCUCGACAUUCUCAACUCACUAGACCUCGCCGAUAACUCUCCUACCGUCCGACUGAAAGAACUCCUCUUGAGCAAAGAUGAUGACCUAUCAAAGUUGAUCUCUCUGCUGGAAUUAAGACUAGAGGAAGGGCAUGGCGAGACCGUAUUUGAGGUUGGGUUUGAGAAUAAUGGAGAAAGCAUGGCAUUGACGAAAGAUGAAUGGGAUGCAUCACUACAGAGGUUAAAAUUGGCGGCGAGCAAACUACGGGCAGAUUGUCAGGUUCUUUUGACCAAAAAUGUCGGUGAAGAGGCAGAAGCAGAGUUGGAGCCCAACGCCACCAAGAAAGAUACAGACUGUAGUGGCAAGAUACUGAUCCGACAACAACCUGCCACGGUGGAAGAAGUCAUUGAAACACGAAUAGCGGUUGUAGGAAAUGUAGAUGCCGGAAAAAGUACCAUGUUGGGUGUGUUGGUUAAGGGUGGUCUUGAUGAUGGCAGAGGCAAAGCGAGAGUCAACCUAUUCCGACAUAAACAUGAGAUUGAGAGUGGAAGGACAAGUUCUGUUGGAAUGGAGAUUAUGGGAUUUGAUACCAUGGGAAAGGUUGUUGCAUCCGAUGUACCAGGUCGAAAGCUCUCUUGGGAAGAGAUUGGUAAACGGUCUGCCAAAGUCAUUUCCUUUACCGAUUUGGCUGGACACGAGCGAUAUCUACGGACCACAGUGUUUGGACUUUUAUCUUCAAGUCCAAACUACUGUUUACUGAUGGUAGCUGCUAACAAUGGGCUGAUUGGAAUGAGUAAAGAGCAUUUGGGAAUUGCUCUUGCUCUCAACGUCCCAGUUAUGGUUGUGAUAACCAAAAUCGAUAUCUGCCCGCCUCAAAUCUUGGAACAGACAAUUCAGCAAAUCACAAGGAUAUUAAAAAGUCCAGGAGCUCGGAAAAUUCCAAUAUUCAUCAAGAACCGAGAAGAAUGUAUCAAUACUGCGACACAGUUUGUGAGUCAGCGGAUAUGUCCUAUAUUCCAGGUUUCGAAUGUUACUGGAGAGUCUCUGGACCUCGUACGGACUUUUCUCAACAUCCUUCCUCAUCAUGGCCAUUAUGAUGCUGAUGCUCCGUUCGAAUUUCAUGUCAAUGACACUUUCUCCGUUCCUUUCGUUGGUACCGUUGUAUCUGGAAUCAUCAAGAGUGGUGUCAUUCAUACAGGAGACACAGUUUUGAUCGGUCCCGACUCACUUGGUCAGUUCACAACCACUACCGUCAGGUCAAUAGAGCGGAAAAGAAUAUCUGUCCCUGCUGCUUCUGCUGGUCAAUCAGCGUCUUUUGCACUGAAAAGGGUACGGCGGAAAGAUGUGCGGAAAGGUAUGGUCGUGUUACCGAAACUAGAACAGAAUUCUCCAAAGGUCUACCGCGAAUUUGUCGCUGAAGUACUCAUCCUCUCCCACGCCACAACCAUCAAAACCAAAUACCAAGCCAUGCUUCACGUUGGCCCUGUCUCGCAAACCUGCGCGAUCAUAGACAUAGACCGUUCCUACAUCCGCACGGGUGACAGAGCAACCGUUGCUUUUCGCUUUGUGCAGCGACCUGAGUAUCUCGCGCCGGGUGAUCGGCUGCUGUUCAGGGAAGGCCGCACGAAAGGUCUGGGAAUUGUGAAGAGUGUGGGGUAUGAUCCUGCGAAACCGUUGAAUCCGGGUAGUGCGAAGGAGGGGGGGGAUGGGAAGGGGGAAGCGGCAGCAAAUGGAAAAGUUGGGGAGGGGGAGAAGGAGAAGAUGCCUGCGCCUGUGAUUGCUUCUUGA